UCCGCAGCAAGCUUUGCUCCCUGUACGAGAACGACUGCAUCUUCGACAAGUUUGAGUGUGCCUGGAACGGCUCAGACAGUGUGAUCAUGACUGGGGCCUACAACAAUUUCUUCCGGAUGUUUGACCGGAACACCAACCGUGACGUGACCCUGGAGGCGUCCAGGGAGAGCAGUAAGCCCCGGGCCGUGCUCAAGCCUCGGCGCGUCUGCCAGGGCGGGAAACGACGCAAGGAUGACAUCAGCGUGGACAGCCUGGACUUCACCAAGAAGAUCCUGCACACGGCCUGGCACCCCACGGAGAACAUCAUCGCCAUCGCUGCCACUAACAACCUGUACAUAUUCCAGGACAAACUCAACCAGGAGAUGCAUGGCUGAGAGAGAGAGAGCAGGAGGCUGGAGACACACACACUGAUGCACACAUUCAUUCAGACAGUAAGGCAAGCAAGAACAUGUAACAUAUGCACACACACACACACACUCUCUCUAGUUGACAGGGAGAUGCUGUAAAGACACACACUCCACAGUUCUCAGUGGAUGGACCGGUCCACCCUAGGACCAGACAGGGGGAACUGGAUAACCCAAUAAGAAUGAUGCUGGAUUAUGGUUUAUGGAAUUCUAAAUCAUGGAUGUGUUGACUGUUGACCUCUGGAUUGUGACUGAUCUGAUGGUGUUUGUUUUGCUAUUGGUCAUUUUUGCAUUCUGAGGGGUUUGACCUCUUGACAGGAGGAGCUUUCACAUGUCUGUCUUUUUCUGAUCAUCUGCCUCUUCCUCUUCUUCCCCUUCCUCCUCCCUCUGUUUCUGUACAUGUCUGUGCUCAGUCCUCUCCUACAGUCUGGAUUGAUUCUUGACUUUGGUGUAAAAAACCCAUUGUGGUUCCUGGUGGUAACUAGUGGAAAUGUUUGGGGAAUGUUUGAAGUCUAAUUAUAGUUUUUUUGUUAAAUCAUGUUACAUUUUUUAAUUAUCAUUAAUGAUGAUGGUAAAAGUGAUGACAAUGACAGUUAAUGGUACACAAGACAUUAGUCAGUAGGACCUUGGGUUCCACAAGGCUGUCUGUCACACCUAGGUGACAUUUAAUCCUGAUGUUUCAGUUGAUUGUGAAGACUGCUGGGGAACUUGGCUGUGUCGUGCAACUUUGCAAUGAAACACAAGGAAUGAAGCAAAAAUCAAGUCCAACAAUCAAGCAAAAAAUAUGCUGCAUGAUGGAUUUUUUUUUGUUUAUAUAAAUUUACUGGCUGCCUUUCUAACCAUAAACAGGCUGUAAAAAGGCUUCUGGAGCUCUGCCUCUACACAGCACUAGUUACCAUAGACAACAACAAAGAGCUCUCCUUUUGUUUGUGUUUACCGGACACAAAAAGCAUGUUUACCAGUGUUCAGUUUUACGGUGUACAUUUGAAAUGAAGCCCAAAUAAUACAUAGGUUUUAAAUGAAGAUACUGAACCAGAGGUAUGGGGAAUGUUAUCAACGUUGUAAUCUAAACUGUUAAAGGAAUGUUUUAUUAACGUUGCAAUCUAAACUUUUAAAGGAAUGUUUUAUUAACAUUGCAAUCUAAACCUUUAAAGGAAUGUUUUAUUAAUGUUGUAAUCUACACCUUUAAAGGAAUGUUUUAUUAACGUUGUAAUCUAAACCUUUAAAGGACUGUUUUAUCAGGGUUGUAAUCUAAACCUUUAGAGGAAUGUUUAAUCAACGUUGUAAUCUAAACCUUUAAAGGGCCUGAAUGGUAUCUGCUAUAUAUUCAACUCUUUUUGACAUUUCUAGGUUUGUUGUUUCGGAUCAAGAACCAAGAGUGCAGAGCCAAUCAUCUCUGACGAUGGUGUUCAUGGCAACAAGAGAGAGAUUAUUAAACUCUUCCCUCCAGCCUUUCAACAAAUUCAGAUUUUUUUUGAGAACAGUUAUUGUUAAUUUAUAUAUAUUUUUAACAUCUGUCACUUGUGUUUGAUUUCAUGUCCUGCUGCCCUGGCAUUGAUUCACAUAUUUUGUGUUCAUGUAUUUUCAACGGGAAAAAGAUCUCAUGAACAAUUACAAAUAUGUUAAUGUUAUUUUUUUUUCCUGAAUAAAGAUUUCAACAAUAUUGCAUCCUA